AUGGAUGCCUCCAAGCCAGUCGAGCUUCAGUCGGCCACCGGCGUCCCCCGUUUGCAGCUCGCUCUGCUGAUCGGCGCGCCCAUAGUGCUCGGGGUGGUAGGCUUAUAUCUAUGGAAACGGAUGCCAGUGGUGCUGUCAGUCUUACCCGAUUACUGUGAGGAGUUUGUCCCCAAGAUGGUUAAGUUGGACUUGCCGAAACCAAUGUCCUCCCUCUUCAUGGAGACACAUGUGUCUAAGUCAUUGGAUGAACUUAUAGCGGAAGCAAGUACAAUUAUGACCAACAUGAAAAUUGAUGAUUCUCAGAGUCCUUUGGGUCGUGCCCUAGCGACAAAUAACAAAGGCAACAAAUACUUUGAGGCGGGCAAGUACGAGAACGCCAUCCAGUGUUUCACAGAGGCCAUUGCACUCUGCCCCACUGAACAGAAGAGCGACCUGUCGACGUUCUAUCAGAACCGAGCAGCAGCGUAUGAGCAGCAGAUGAAAUGGACUAAGGUGGUGCAAGACUGCUCACAGGCAGUAACGCUCAACCCACCUUACAUGGAAGCUCUCUUCAGGAGGGCCAAAGCUCAUGAGCAACUGGGCAAUAAGAAAGAAUGCCUGGAAGAUGUCACAGCUGUGUUGAUCCUGGAGGAGACACAGAACAUCCAGAACCAGCAGACCAUGUUGGUUUUGAACAACGUAUCCGACCAGCUGGGAUUCGAGAAGGCCAAAGACAAAUACAAGAACCGAGAGCCGAUGAUGCCUUCUUCUCAGUUCAUCAAAUCCUACUUUGGUUCUUUCACCGAUGACAUCAUCUCGCAGCCGCUGCAGAAGGGCGAGAAAAAAGAUGAAGACAAGGACAACGAGGGCGAGGCCUACGAGGUCAUAGCUCGUUCGGGCUACCUGAAAGCCAAGCACUACAUGGAUGAGGAGGACUACGACAAAAUCAUCAGCGAAUGCACUAAGGAGGUGGACUCUGAGGGUCGCUACAUGGCUGAGGCGCUGCUCCUGCGUGCCACCUUUUACCUUUUGACCUGCAACAACACAGCCGCUCAGCCCGACUUGGACCGCGUCAUCAAUAUGCAGGAAGUCAACGUCAAGCUGCGAGCCAAUGCCCUCAUUAAGCGUGGGAGCAUGUACAUGGAGCAGAUGCAACCGUUGCUUGCCACACAGGACUUCAACAUGGCAGCAGAGAUCGACACACGCAAUCCCGAUGUGUACCAUCACAGGGGGCUGCUUGACCUCAAGUUGGGCAAUAUAGAUGAAUCUGUAGAAGACUUUGAUAAAUGCAUCCUGCUAAGAUGGGACUUUGCUCUCGACCAUGCGCUCAGGUGCUUCGCUCUGUACACACAAGCAUUGAACAACAACCCAUCACAACAGAUAGUCUUGGAUGGAUUCGAGGACAUUAUCAGAAGGUUUCCCAAGUGUGCCGAGGGCUACACACUAUAUGCUUGGGUUUUAACCGUUGAGCAACAGUACGGAAAGGCAGACGAGAUGUACGACAAGUGUAUUGAACUGGAACCAGACAACGCCACCAAAUAUGUCUACAAAGGAUUAUUACAGCUCCAGUGGAAACGAAGCCUGUCUGAUUUGGGCCUGGACCUCAUCAACAAAGCCAUUGAAAUUGACAACAAAUGUGACUUUGCAUACGAAGCAAUAGGAACAAUCGAAUUUCUUAGUAAAAAUCUGGACAAGGCAAUCGAAAUGUUCAACAAGGUUAUCAACUUGACUAAAACGGAGAUGGAGAUGACCGACAUCUACGCAAAGUGCGAAGAAGCGUACGCCCGGAUUGAGGUAGCCAGGAAGUACGGCAUCAAGUAA